AUGCCAACUAAGAAAACAGGAUGUGCUCUUCUGCUUUGUUUGUUGCCUGUCGUGGUAUAUCACUUUACCGACUGGCCGCCUGUAGAAGAUGAGAUCACGCGCACAAAGGAACUUCUUCUGGACGAUGUCUUCCGUGCUUCAUUGAGAGCUGUGGAGUUCUUGAGUACAAACUACUUUGACAUUAAUGUGGACGGGCUGUAUGGGUUCCGAGUCUGCCAAGGCAGCCUCAUAGGGACACUCCAUGAUUGCUCGUUUGAGAACCUCAGAUGUCCAAACAAGCUCAAAUACGAGCUGAUGUCUAUUAUUGCACGGCUCCAUAAACUGUGCGAUAUGGCUCUGCCUUUCAUUGAGCCAAGGGACAAUGAGUAUUACAGACAGUUUCUGCCUGUAUUAGAAGCCCCUUUCAUGUUUAACUAUAUUCCCGAGAAGUGGCACUGGUUUCCUCAUCAGGUGCCACAAAGUGAAAAGACAUACAAUAGCUUGAUGGGAAAUAAAUGUUUCAGUGGUAUUCUAGGAACAUUCAGUAACAGAGGCAGAAAGUUCCCGCCAUGCACAGUUGUUGAUGGUUGCUGGGAAAUGAUGUCAACAACAGGAACUUCUGGUUACUUCACAACACAUCAGCUUCUUUAUCUACUAUUUGGAGAAUACAGUGGGUGCCAGCAGGAUUUGGAAGAUCGUUCCCGCAAAGACACCGGCAUGUCACUCCGAGAUUUACAGCGCUUUUUGUGCCAGCAAAUCUAUACAGAAGCAAUGCUUAUAGAAGAUAACGGCACAAAAGAGGAGACAGCACAAGAUCUUUUUCUUGAGCAAAGUGCACUUUGUGGCAUCUUGGGUUUUGAGGACUUCUUCAAUGAGACUUGGAUUCGGAUGGUUCUGGGGUGGCAACAUGUAAGCGGAUGUUUCACGCAGACUUUUCACAAGCUAGACCGUGAAGAGAAUGAUGAAUUCCAGACAGGACUAGACAGUGAAGAGACUGAUAAAUUUGAGACAGGAUCAGACAUUACAAGCCGGAAGUUGAUGACAGAAAUGGUGAUGAGCGGCGACUGUUUAUCACACAAAACUGGAGUCGGCGCCGCUGCUCUUGGAGCUUACAUCAGAUAUCUGGUAUCAAGACUGCACUCCAACCUAACUUUAGCUGGGUCAUUGUAA